AGUAGUAGGAUUGGGAAGUCGGGUUUCUCUCGGAUGUGUGUGUAGUGGAGACUAAUGUAACGCUUCCCUCACUGUAACAGCCUCGACAGCCUCGUCCACCUUCCCGGGACCGGCGUGUUUCUCUGCGGGGAUUCGGCGCUCGUGUUCGGCCUGCCCGCGGACACCUGAGACCCUCCGGCAACUCACGGGGAGAAGAGCAAGAUGCCGGCGCCGGGCUCCGUCUCCACUGCAGGACUGGCGUGAGGUUCCACUGGAGAAUCAUCGUUCGUGAGGAUGGCGGCGACCACGCCCACCUUAGCCCCGCCCCCCAAGAAGAGCCGCGGGAAACCAGAGGCAGAGACUCUACAGGCCAAUGAGGAGCUGAGGAGCCGACUGAGCGAUGUACAGCACGAGCUGCAGCAGGAGAGAGGGAAGGUGUGCAAGUUACGGGAACGCCUGCAGGAGUUACGGGCCCAGCGGGAGACGGAGCAGCACAAGCACUCGGUCGCGCUCACCGACCUGCGUGUGAAGCUCCACGAGGAGAAGCAGCGCGAGGUGGCGUCGGCGCGCGAGAGCCUGUCCCGACAGCACGAGGCGGAGCUGGCCCGGGGGGCCCGGCUCCGAGACACCGAGCUGGCCCGGCUGCAGGCGCUGGUGUGCGUGUUACGGGACGGGGCCAGCAGCGAGCUGCGCAGCGCCCUGAAGGAGGAGGCGCGCGAGGAGGUGCGCAGGAGCUACGAGGCGGAGAAGCUCAGACUCGCGCAGGAGCUGCAGGAGGCUAAGACCUCGCGCAGGCAGGCGGAGGAGGCGCUCGCUAACGCCCUGCAGGCGGACCGGGCCCGAGCAGCCGAUCUCAGAGUCGCCCAUCAGGCCCAUCACGAGGAGAUCCAGAGGAUCAAACGCGAGAGCGAGAGGGAGAUACGGAGACUGGUGGAGGAGCUGAAGAGCAGGGACCGCGUGGUGCAGUCGCUGGAGAGGGAGCUGGGUGUGCAGGCGGGGCAGACGCAGCGGCUGCUGCUGCAGAGAGUGGAGGCGGAGCGGCAUCAUGGCAGUCCGAAGAGAGAGCUGGUGCCCUCCCUCGGGGAACACACGGACUCCGCCGUUAACCAGGAAGUGGAAGAGAGAGACGUGCGCCGGUUCCAGCUGAAGAUCGCUGAGCUGCAGGCCGUCAUCAGGAAACUAGAGGACAGGAACACACUGCUGUCCGAUGAGAGGAACGAACUGCUGAAACGAGUGCGGGAAACCGACGGAGAGAUGAAGCCGCUCAUGGAGAAGAAUAAGCGCUUGAAUAAGAAGAAUGAAGAGCUGCAGCAGACUCUACAGCGCAUGGAGGACAAGCUGAAGACGCUCAGCAGAGAGAACGCAGAGCAGAAGGAGAGAUCCCAUCAGAACUCGCAGCCGGGCGUCCUGAAGAGACACACCUCUCUGACGGACCUCAGUCAAACCCACGAGCAACAGGAGCUGGAGUAUCUGCGCCUGCAGAUCAGCGAGCAGCGCGGCGUUAUAGACGAGCUCACGCAGGAACGGGACAGGCUGAUAAUCAACAAGAAGAACCGGAGGAAAAACAUCAAGUUGCCCAAGAGGCAUGUUGUGGAGACAUAUUUUGGAUUUGAUGAAGAAUCUGUCGACUCUGAGACGUCGUCUCUGACAUCAUAUAACACCGACCACACGCCUGCUACACCCGAAGAGGACCUCGAGGACGUCUUCUGCCGGGAGGAGGCGGAGCUACGGUUCCGUCAGCUGACCCGCGAGUACCAGGCGCUACAGCGAGCGUACGCACUUCUGCAGGAGACGGCCGGCCCGCUGGACCCCGAGAGGCACUGCAGGACACGGGAGCAGCUGCAGGCGGAGCUGAUUGGCUGUCAGGCCCGGAUCGAUGACCUGGAGCGGAGCCUGGCAGAGAAGGGGCAGGACUCAAAGUGGGCGGAGGAAAAGCAGAAUCUCAUCAGGAUGAACCAGGAGCUCAGAGAAAAGAUAGCAUCGCUGGAGCAGUGUGAAAUGCGUUUACGCUCAGAGGUUCGAGAUACGCUGGAUCAGAACGAGUUGCUGGAGUUCAGGAUCCUGGAGCUGGAAGAGAGGGAACGGCGUUCUCCUGCCUUUAACCUGCAAAUCUCUGCCUCUGAAAACAACAGUAUCCUACAGCUACACUGCCAACAAGAGGGUGUCAAGGAUGUCAUCAUUCCUGACCUCAUGAAAAAGCUUGACAUUCUUGGCGAUAAUGGGAACUUGCGAAACGAGGAGCAGGUGACAGUAAUUCAAGCAGGCACUGUGCUGUCUUUAUGUGAAAAGUGGCUGAAGCAGAUUGACAGCACCGAAGCUGCGCUGACGCAGAAAAUGAUUGAUCUGGAGAAUGAGAAGGAGCUGUUCAGUAAACAGAAAGGUUUCCUGGAAGAGGAACUGGACUACAGGAAGCAAGCUCUUGAUCAUGCCCAACUGAGGGUGCAGGAGCUGGAGGCGACUCUAUACUCCGCCCUCCAGCAGGAUCCUGACAGCUGUGUGGGCGAGAGUUUGAGUGACAGGCAGAGAGCACAGCUGGCCGAGUCCAUGGAGGCGGUGCGGAGACAGAUCCUGAGGCAGAGUCGCCAUGCCGACACGUUAGUGCUACAGCAGCGCAUGGAGCUGCUCCAGUCUGCACAGCAGAGGAUCAGAGAGCUUGAAGAUAAGAUCGACAUGCAGAGAAGACAGAUCAAAGAGAUUGAAGAGAAGUUUUUGUUCCUUUUCUUGUUUUUCUCCCUAGCUUUUAUUCUCUGGCCUUAACACACAUCCAAUACCCCCCCACCCUCAACACACACACA